UCUUACUACAAGGCGUAUUUUUCUCUCUUUCAAAAGAAAAAAAAAUUCAAAAUUAAUAAAUAAACAUAAAAAUCCUCUCUCUCUCUCUAUCUCUAUCUCUAUCUCACUCUCUUCACUGUAAUAGAUUUAAAUCACAAUCUUUAGAUAGAGAGUAACACAACAAAACAAAAAACAUUUUAGCUUCAGAGUCUACACUCACACACACACACUCUCUCUCUCUCAAUAUCCAUCUGUAAUCUACACAAGCAAACACCGCCUUAAUUGCCAGAUUUAGAUUUUAUAUAUAUAAUACAAACAUUAUCACCUCUCAAUCUGCACUUUCUUUUUUAUUUAAUUUAAAAAGGAAAGAAAGAAAUAUCUUGCAAGAACCAAGUACCUUAAAAUCUCUGUUAAACUUUUUUUAGUUUCUUGAUUGGAAUCAAACUCUAGCAUUUUGGAUCUUGUUAUAUUUGGAUGUGAAGCUAAGUCACUCAGAUCGGAGAGAUGGCGGAGGUUUCCGGCGAGGGAGCUGCGGUGGUUGCUGACCUGAACGGUGGUGCUAACGGAACGCCCUCCUCUCAACAGCAGCAACUGACGGUAUCUGGAUCGUUUAAAGAAGGACCUAAAAGUUCAUCUCGUAGAAGGACUUCAGUUAGACCUAGCUUUGAUGCUGAUAAUGAGUUCAUUACUUUGCUUCACGGUUCGGAUCCGGUUAAAGUUGAACUUAAUCGCCUUGAAAAUGAAGUUAGAGAUAAGGAUAGGGAGUUAGGAGAAGCACAAGCUGAGAUCAAGGCGUUGAGAUUAUCAGAGCGGCUGAGAGAAAAGGCUGUUGAAGAGCUCACUGAUGAACUCUCGAAAGUGGAGGAAAAGCUCAAGUUAACAGAAUCGCUUCUAGAAAGCAAAAAUCUUGAAAUCAAGAAAAUCAAUGAUGAGAAGAAGGCUUCCAUGGCAGCUCAGUUUGCAGCUGAAGCAACUCUUCGAAGGGUUCAUGCUGCUCAGAAGGAUGAUGAUAUGCCUCCAAUUGAAGCCAUUCUUGCACCUUUGGAGGCUGAGCUUAAGCUUGCUCGACAAGAGAUUGCUAAGCUUCAAGAUGAUAACAAAGCCUUGGAUCGCCUGACUAAAUCAAAAGAAGCUGCUUUACUUGAAGCUGAGAGAACUGUCCAAGUUGCCUUGGCUAAGGCCUCAAUGGUGGAUGAUCUCCAAAAUAAGAACCAAGAGCUAAUGAAACAGAUAGAAAUUUGUCAGGAGGAAAAUAAAAUCUUAGACAAAAUGCAUAGACAAAAGGUUGCUGAGGUUGAAAAGCUUACCCAGACAGUAAGGGAACUGGAAGAGGCUGUUCUUGCUGGUGGUGCAGCUGCUAAUGCUGUGAGAGAUUACCAGCGGAAAGUUCAGGAGAUGAAUGAGGAAAGAAAAACUCUCGACCGGGAGCUGGCCCGCGCAAAGGUAACAGCGAACAGAGUGGCCACAGUGGUAGCAAAUGAAUGGAAAGAUGCAAAUGACAAAGUCAUGCCUGUAAAACAGUGGCUUGAAGAGCGGAGAUUUCUGCAGGGAGAAAUGCAGCAACUUCGUGAUAAGCUUGCCAUAACCGAGAGAGCUGCUAAGUCUGAAGCACAGUUGAAAGAGAAAUAUCAUUUGAGACUCAAAGUGCUUGAAGAAAGCUUGAGAGGAUCUUCAAGUAAUACCCGCAGUAUGCCAGAGGGAAGAAGCACGAGCAAUGGGCCUUCUCGUCGUCAAUCCCUGGGUGGAGCUGAUAACUUCUCAAAAUUUACCUCCAAUGGCUUUCUGUCCAAGAGAACACCAACAUCUCAGUUGAGAUCUUCCUUAUCCUCUAAUUCAGUGCUUAAGCAUGCUAAAGGGACAUCUAAAUCAUUUGAUGGAGGCACAAGAUCGCUGGAUAGGGGUAGUAGAGCACUCUUAAAUGGCUCUAGUCCCAAUUGUUCAUUCAACCAACCUUGUGAUGAAACCAAGGACACAGAGGCAGCUAAUAUGUGGAAAGGAAAUUCUGACGAGAAGCCUGUUGAGUUCCCAGUAACAGAAACCGAAGAUACUGUUCCAGGGGUAUUGUAUGAUUUGCUGCAGAAAGAGGUUGUUGCUUUGAGGAAAGCUGGUCAUGAAAAGGAUCAAAGCCUCAAAGAUAAGGAUGAUGCAAUUGAGAUGUUAGCGAAGAAGGUAGAGACAUUAACUAAAGCAAUGGAAGUUGAAGCAAAGAAGAUGAGAAGAGAAGUGGCUGCCAUGGAGAAGGAAGUUGCUGCCAUGCGAGUAGAGAAAGAACAUGAGAAUAGAGCGAAGCGAUUCGGUAGUUCAAAAGGGCCUGUGGGUGCUGCUCAGUUGCUUCCUGGAAGGAAUGUUGCACGUAGUGGGCUAACACGCAGCACUCAAUGACGAUAAAUUCCACGAAGAAUCAGUGAGGCAUAAAUCUGCAUAGGCCUUGUUCUUUAGUUCAUUUUUAAUAUUUUUUAUUUUUCCUUUUCUCCUGUGAUUGAUUAUAAGAUGUAACAUGCAUGCCGAUGACCCUGUUUUACAUUGUAAUUGGCAAAAAAAAAAAAGAAAAGUAAACUCAGGAAACAGUAUCAGAGGAAGUAAAUCAGCAUGCUUCUGACAUAGAUUGUCGUUCCUCUGCUUAGAGUUCAGCAGAACAAGGAUAAGAAAAGGAAGAAAUUGACUAUGGGCUAACCUUUUGUCAGAUUUUUAUUUGAGUGGGCAGUUGGUUGUGUGGUUGUAUAGGUAGCUAUCGGUUUUCCUGUUGUCUACCAUUUUGCAGUUUAUAUUUGUAUUCUGCGGCGCUAGUGUGAUUAUUGUCGGUUAAGUUUGUUAAUAUUUUUGUAAUCAGAUCAAAUACAGAUCUUGUGGUUGUGUUGCUCAUCUAUAGAUUAUUGUUGGUUAUAAAUGCAUCUCCAAGUGAUUAAUGACUA